UUUGCUCCGCUUAUGAUUCUGCUUGGGACAAAUGCUCUAUCGCGACAAGCUCGGUUAGACCACAAUCAGUUGAUAGGUGUUGCAGCAAUCUCGUUCACAUCCUUCCUGGCAGUGAACUUUGAAAUCUCACUAGACCAAUACUCGCUAUUCUACGGACUUCUUGCUGCUCUUCUUCAGACCGCAGCUUAUAUGCAGUUCGAAUCCCUCUCCCAUACUUAUCAGGCAGCAGAGAUGCUUUACAUGCAUUCAUUCAACUCAUUGAUAAUAUUUCUUAUAGCGGAUAUUGUGCAGGUGAGUUCGAAAACUACGUUCCAUGAAAACCCAGUCGUCGAAAGAAUCUGCGGGGAGACAAAAAGUAGGGACCCAACGUUACUCUGA